UGAUCAUGUUUUGAAAACGAAUGUCAGCCAUUAUAAAUAAUAGAUAAUAACUCUGUUUAUAUAAUAUAUCUAUGGUGAAUAACGGUGAAAUAUUUCUUCUGAAUUGAUAGCAACAUUUGUUUUCCUCAUUGCCAGGAAUAUUUACAAAAGUAUUUCACAUUCAGUUUGAAUGUGAGAAAAUCUGGAAAGGUGUUUGUAUCAUUUUCAGAUAUUCAAGAUCAGUUUUGCCGUAGAAGAUAUAUAUAAAGAAGAAGGGGAAAAUAUAUUUUCUGCCUGUAUACUAUAGAACAAUAAGGAAUAGUCUGGAGAUGUUAAAAGGAAGAGAAAAAUUAUCAGACCAAUCUGAUAUCUGUAAAAAGACUUUUUCUAAUAAGGGAAAUCUCAAUGUUCACAAAUUCAUUCAUGCAGGGGGGAAACAAUAUCAUUGUGACAUCUGUGGUAAAUCAUUCUCUCGAAAAAGUCACCUUACUCAUCACAAAUACACUCAUACUGGAGAGAAACCAUAUCAGUGUGAUAUCUGUGGUAAAUCAUUCUCUCAAAGGACUGUCCUUUCUUAUCACAAAUUCGUUCAUACUGGAGAGAAACCAUAUCACUGUGAUAUCUGUGGUAAAUCAUUCUCUACAAAAUAUAACCUUACUAAACACAAAUCCAUUCAUACAGGAGAGAAACCAAAUCAAUGUCGUAUUUGCGGUAAAUCAUUCUCUCAUAGAAGUUCCCUUGAUUCUCACAAACACAUUCAUGCAGGAGAGAAACCACAUCAGUGUGAUAUUUGUGGUAAAUCAUUCUCUCAAAGAAGUUACCUUAAUUCUCACAAAUACAUUGAUACAGGUGAGAAACCAUAUCGGUGCUAUAUCUGUGGUAAAUCAUUCUCUCAGAAGAGGUACUUACUCAUCACAAAUACAUUCAUACAGGAGAGAAAUCAUAUCACUGUGACAUCUGGGACAAAUUGUUGUUACAAUUUUCUGGUUAUCUUAUUUAUUGUACGGAACAAUUAUGUUACAACAUCUGGCGAUGAGGGUUUCGAAGCUCUUGCAGGCCUUACAACAACUGAAUAUACAGAAAUUCACACUGCAGAACUAAUUCUGAAGAUCAACCAUAAAGAUCCUAGAGGGCUCUCAACAGAACAAAAUUCAACUCCCAAAUAA